AUGGGAAACUGUUACUCGAGCUUCUUCAACUCCGAUCCAGAUCAUCUACAGCAAGUCAAGGCUUCAAAGAUCAUCGACAAGACACUCAAGGAAGAUGAGAAGCAGAUGACCAAGGAGGUCAAGAUCCUCCUCCUCGGCGCGGGAGAGUCGGGCAAGACUACCGUUCUCAAGCAGAUGCAAAUCGUUCACAACCGCGGCGGAUUUACUUCUUCUCAGAAGGAACACUAUCGCCAACAGGUGUUCAUGAACAUCUGUGAGGGGAUGCGCUUAUGUUUGGAAGUGAUGAGCAAGGAAGAAAUCGAGCUAGAAAAUGCCGACCUCAUGAAAUUCGUACCGAUGUUCAACCAUUACGUAGAUCUCGAACCACGACAACCCUUCCCAAUCGAAUACCUCGAGCCUCUCAGUCUCUUUUGGGUCGAUGGCGGAAUUAGGAAAGCAAUGGAUUCAGGAAAUGAAUGGGCCCUGCCAGAAAACAUGAACUAUUUCUUUCCCGAAUUAGACCGGUUAUUUGAACCAUCAUAUGUGCCCACAGAUUUGGACAUUCUACAUUGUCGAGGAAAAACAACUGGGAUAACGGAGACUACGUUCAACGUAUCCGAGCUGACUUAUCGGAUGUUUGACGUGGGAGGACAGAGAAGUGAACGAAAAAAGUGGAUCCAUUGCUUCGAGGGCGUGACUGCAGUCUUAUUCUUGGUCGCCAUUUCUGGUUAUGAUGCUCGAUUGCUGGAAGACGGAGAUGCUAAUCAAAUGCAAGAAGCUCUAAUGUUAUUCGACACAAUCACAAAUUCGCAAUGGUUUACUCAAACUUCUAUGAUCCUAUUUUUGAACAAGACUGAUUUAUUCAAGCAGAAACUUUAUUAUUCACCCAUUUCAAAACACUUCCCAGAUUACCAAGGGGAUGGCACUGAUUACGAAGCCGCUCGAUCAUAUUUCAAGGACCGAUUUGUCCGGCUGAAUCGGUCGACAAAGAAGGAGAUUUACACCCAUUAUACAUGUGCUACCGAUACGUCUCUGAUGCGAGUGGUCAUGGCUUCAGUAACAGACAUUAUCAUCACGCGAAAUCUUCAAAGCAUUAUUCUAUGA